ACGUCAUCGGCAGUCGACAUCGCGAGAGCAGAGAGAUGCGUUUUAUUCCUCUGAAUGUGGGAUAAAAACAAAUAACACACAACAGAUCCACAUUGUUUUUUAUGUUUCUGAUUCUUUCUUCACUAUAAUAGCUUUUUUCUUGGCGCAGUAAUGUUUGCGGCUCUGACGUGGACGCGCAGCAUCCUCUGCUUCUUCCACGAGUGAAAGUGGAGGGAGAGGGACAGGGAGGGGUCAUUUUAUUACAGGGCUGUCUCCUCCCGGAUGGAGCCCGGGUAUGUGCAGGCAGCGAUGGCCACGGGAGAAGCAUCGAGAAAAGUGUCUGCUCGGAACGUAGCGGUGGAGAGGAAGAACCUGAUCUCCGUCUGCAGGUUUUCAGUUAAAACCCUUUUGGAGAAAUACACAGCUGAGCCCAUUGAUGACACAGCUGAAGAGUUCAUCAACUUUGCAGCAAUCCUUGAACACAUCCUCAGUCACCGUUUUAAAGGGUCUGGUAGCUGGUUUGAUGGACAGAAGAGUUUUUGGGACUACAUCCGCCUGGCCUGUGCUAAAGUCCCUAACAACUGCAUCAGCAGCAUUGAGAGUAUGGAGAACAUCAGCACAUCACAGGCAAAGGGACGAGCCUGGAUGAGAGUAGCCCUGAUGGAGAAGAGGCUGUCUGAGUAUGUCGCCACUGCUCUGAGGGACAUCAGGACGACUAGGAGGUUCUUCGCAGAAGGAGCCAUCAUGUUAAGAGAAGAUGCCACAGUGUUAACGGGGAUGCUGAUUGGUCUGGGAGCCAUAGACUUCAGUUUCUGCCUGAAAGGGGAGGCUCUGGACGGGAAGUCUUCAGCAGUGAUCGACUACACUCCAUACCUGAAGUUUACUCAAAGCUAUGAUUACUUGAGCGAUGAUGAGGACGAUCGACGGAGCAUUGACAGCAGUACCAGCGACGACAGCAUCCCUGAACACCCUUACAUCCCCCUGGUCACUGACGAGGAGAGCUGGAACACAAAGUGUCGCAAGAUGGAGCAGAGGUUCAAGAUCGUCAAUGCUCAGAAGGGUUACCUGGAGGAGCUUGUGCGCCUGCGUGAGUCCCAGCUGAAGAAUAUGGAGAUGGAGAACAAAAAGCUGAAAGCCCAGCUGGAAGAGGCACAGAGUCAGAGCCAGCAGGAAAAGAAGGAUCUGGAGGCUGUUGUCCUGGAGCUUCAGGAGCAAAUGACAAGUUUGAUUCCAUGUGAUUCCAACCACCUGGCCAAGAACCUCUCCAUUCCCCUCAUCAAUCAGUGGCCGACGCUCGAGCCGUACAGCAGCCAAGACAACAUGAAGCUGCUCCGCAGGAGGAGUUUCCCGAGCACAGAGCUGCUGUCAGUGGAGGAUUCAGACUCCCAGAGGAUCAGGGGAAAACAGAACGGAGGAGCCUGGUGUACAGAAAAGGACUACACCCCCUCCUUGGUGGGACUGUGUGGGUCCUUGGUGUCUCUCCCAAGCUGCAAAUCUCUGGCUAGUCUCAAAUCCAGCGAGUGCCUGGUCCACAUCAGCACAGAGAACAGUCCUGCUCUCUCUCCCUGCUAGGGGGCGCCAAAGAAACACUGCCUACAGAGACAAUUGCAAAACAAAAUAACUCCUCUCUUCCCGAUUCCUUUGAGCCAGGCACCAACCUACACCUGUGUGAAAGAUCAUCCCUUCUGUCUUUUAGCCUGUCCAGCCUCGACACUGCUGCGCUGCCUCAUUCAUGACUUUCAAAGUCCUCCACAGAUGUCUUUAUGCCUCUUGUCCCUGUCCAGUGUCUCUGUCCUCUCAGCCUCAGUGUAUCUUAUGUUAUCUGUCGCCCCCUACUGGCAGGAUUAUUUAGCUAAAAUAAGGUUUUAGUGAACAGAAACAAAAAAAUUAAAAUAGUAGCGAAUUAUGUGAAACAAGGUUUGUUUAAAGUGAACAAAUGGGUCCAUAAAGAAAAGUAUUUGAAUAUUAACAAAAACAUUGUUAAAAUAUUAGAAUAAUUGCUAGUUAAACCCUUAUGCAGUCACUCGUUAGAAUAAAUGCAGAUUUUAGGAUGUGACUUCAAGGACUCUGCCAAGGUCUGCAGAGUCUCUGCAUCGUAUUCAUGCACACAGACAUAAUAUUUAUUCCAUUCAAAGGCAAAAGUGCAUUGUGACUAUGCAGGGUGAAUGUUUUCAUUCUUUUCUUCAAACCUCUCUUGGUAAAAUAGUUUGAUUAUAGAGAAGUUGUGACUUUAUGUGUGACUUUAUGUGCAUCUUCUUGUGUGUGUUCUCAUUUCAUUCCCUGUUGGUCUUUAUUUUUUGUCUAAACUAAUUCCGUGACAUACUUGCAACAACGUGUAAAUCUAAUGCACAGUUAUGCAGAGCUGGAGACCCUUGCAAUAAAACUGCAUUUUUUGAAACUUUG